UCAUCCUAUUGGAUAAACGUGAUUAUAAUAUGAAGUACACCUCCUGCAAACUCCACAGCUUGUUUCCCUAUAAACAAAUGAAAAAAGAUUCCCGAAAGGAAACUAGCGGAUGGGCUCUGAAAGAGCCACGAUGAGCGUUUCGGCAGGCGCAAAGGGUAACUCCAAACCUGCACGAGCGGCCAUUGACAGACAAGACAGCCCUUCUGCAUUGUUUAAUAUCCAUCCACUCGUGUGAUAACAUCACAUAAAGAAUCUCGUUUCAAUGGGUCACUGAUUUGUCAGAAUGGCUUCGGGGGAGACACUGGACGAGGAAAGCGGAGAUCUGGAUCCAGAUCAACCUCUUCAUACGUCUCUCUGGUUCGGUAUAUAUACAAGGAUGGGAUGAGCAAACCCCUCAACACAAACCCUUUUCUUUCCUCCACAGAAAUCGGGAAGAAAGAAAAUGGCAGCUUUCCACGUUCGUUCCAACAGCUUGCCUUCAAACCCGAACCCGCUUUCCGUCCUUCAAGUGGAUGAGCACUUGACCAGAUUGAGAUCCUCGAACACAGCCUCAACAUCGUCGUCGCCUUCAACCUGCCGAAAUCUAAACCAUCUUCACGAUUUGCUCGAGUGCAUCAACAAGAUGACGCUUCAGCAGUCCGUACACAGACAAGCUCUGUCGGGAGAGCAGAACAUGACAACUGUCGAGGAGCUUCUCGACGGUUCCCUGAGGCUCUUGGAUGUCUGUGGCGUCGCCAAGGACGCGCUCUCGAGCACGAAAGAGUGCCUCAGAGAUCUGCAAUCUGCGAUCCGGAGAAAAUCCGACGGAUUCUUGACCGAAGUCAAGAAAUACUUGGCCUGCAGGAAAUCGCUCAAGAAAUCAUUCCAAAACGUUUCAAAGAGCUUGAAGACAAGAGAUUCGAAACGCGAGGAAGACGAAACAAUGGCGAUCUUAAGGGAGGCCGAAGCAGCCACAGCUGAAGUGCUUGCAUCGGUCUUGUGCUUCGUCUCUGGUUCCAAAUCGCUGUCAAAGCCGAGCGGAAAAUGGUCACUGGUGUCGAAACUGGUCAGCCAGAAAAGAGCAGGAUCCGAGAAGGAAGAAGAAAACAGCGGAAACGAGUUCAUGGGAGUGGAUUCAGCAUUGGUUUCACUCGCUCGGACGAAAUCGGAGAAGGGAAUGAGGAUGGAGGAUCUUCAGAGGCUGGAGAUGAGCAUUGAGGACGUCGAGAAAGGGCUUCAAUGCGUAUUCAGGAGCUUGAUCGAACUCAGAGUCUCUGUCCUUAACGUUUUGGCCAACUGACUAGUCUUGUUAGAAUUCGAUUGACCAAAUGUAAAAUUGUUUCGGAAAUGGCAUGAAUAAAAGAUCAA